UCAGAAAAUUCAAGUAAAGUACUACUCCCCACGGCAAUCGUCUCCGUUGAACAGAGAGGUGAACUCUUCAAACUAAGAGCCCUCAUUGAUCAGGGCUCAGAACGGAGCUUCAUCUCCUCCAAAGCGCAACUCAAAUUGAGACUACCAUGUCGAACCUCCAAUUUCGAAAUCUCAGGAAUGGGUGGAAGGGUAGUCCAAACCUCGAAAAAAUUAUGCUCUCUGGUUCUUGUCUCAAACGAUUUAUCCACACGGAUUAAAGCACAAGCAAUCGUCCUCCCACAGCUAACCAAAUUGCUACCCAAGUUCCAACCCACUCAAGAACAACGGGAAAAAUGGUCUCAUCUCACCUUAGCAGACGCCAAUUGCCACUCCCCAUCCGAAAUAGACUUAGUCAUUGGCAGCGACCUGAUCCCACAAAUCGUGCUAGAAAGGGUUGAAAAACUCUCCAAAAACCUAUUAGCACAAAACACCAUAUUUGGGUGGAUCCUUAGUGGUCAAGUUCCCAAUCAAAUAAGCUCGUUUUCGACCCAAGUAGACGAAGUCUCAAAUGAGAAUCUCGAUUCCCAACUUCGAAAAUUUUGGGAACUGGAAGAAAUCCCCACUCCCAAAUCUCUCAACUCUGAGGACCGAGUGUGUGAAGAUUUUUAUAUAUCCACCACAUCACGCACAUCUGAUGGUCGUUACGAAGUGCGACUCCCAUUUAAGCACAGUUUCCCAGACCAACUCACCUUAGGUCGAUCCCGUGCCCCAGCUCUCCAGCAAUUCCUCAGUAUGGAGAAAAAUCUUCUCAAAAAAGGCGAGCUAAAAUCCCAGUACGACCAAGUCCUCGAGGAAUAUAUAACACUAGGUCAUAUGGAAGAAACAACUUCCUAUGAGAAAUCCUCAGGAAACAAAUACUCGUCAUUUUAUUUACCCCACCACGCGGUUGUAAAACCUGAAAAAAGAACGACAAAGGUGCGUGUUGUCUUUAAUGCAUCGAAAAAAUCAACUUCCGGUAACUCGUUAAACGAUGUCCUCUACACCGGGCCAACCCUCCAACCCGAUUUGAUGCUAUUAAUCCGCAAAUGGCGCACGUACCAAUUUGUCUUUAAUGGCGAUGUAGAAAAAAUGUACCGCCAGAUACUAUUACAUGAUGAGGACCAAGACUACCAGAGAAUCAUAUUUCGCUCCUCCCCAAAAGGUCCAAUUCAAGAUUUCAAACUAAAAACCGUUACAUUUGGUCUCAACUGCGCCCCUUAUCUCGCAAUACGCACCCUUCACGAACUCUCUAAAGAUAUAAAAGACACACUCCCGAUGGCGUUCCCAAUACUAAUGAGCGAAACAUAUGUAGACGACAUCAUUUCGGGUGGGCACUCUAUUCUCUCAGCCUCUGAAACCCUUUCUCAAGUCGGACAAGCUCUUCUGUCGGCAGGCUUCCCACUCAAGAAAAUCACGGCCAACCAUCCUGAUAUUCUCAAAACCGUUCCCAUCGCCGACGUGCUCGAUUCACAGUUUCUCGAAUUCGAAAAGGCAAGUACAACUAAAACGCUCGGGAUUCAAUGGAAUGCCAUUCAUAUACCGUUGAGUCCAUCCCAGUAGCCACAGCGAGCACGAAGCGACAAAUCCUCUCCUCUGUCGCCAAACUUUUCGACCCCGCAGGAUGGCUAGCGCCGAUAAUGAUUCAAGCCAAAAUUCUCUUGCAGGAGCUAUGGCUUGAUGGAACCGACUGGGAUGAACAGGUAAAACCCAUCCGUCUCGUCAAGUGGACGCAGUUCGCGAACAACUUAAAAGCAAUAACAGCAAUCCAAAUUCCUCGUUGGGUGAACUAUUCUCCAGGCCAACCUGUUGAGCUGCAUGAUUUUUGCGACGCGUCUGAGAAGGCAUAUUGCGCCAAUAUUUACGUCAGAGCGAUACGAGAAGAAAACACAACGUGUCACCUCCUAGUCUCUAAAGGCAAAGUGGCGCCCCUAAAAACCACCAGCUUACCACGUCUCGAAUUAUGUGGAGCCCUUCUCCUAGCCAAACUAGUGUCUGUCGUCCAAUCCCAGCUCAAUCUCCACCCGCAAGCUUUGAUUUUGUGGUCUGAUUCCGAAAUUGUGCUCUCAUGGUUGAAAAAGCCACCCCAUACCUGGAAAACCUUCGUGUCGAAUCGAACCGCGCAAAUAAUCGACCUGGCCGGACAUGCCACAUGGCGGCAUGUACGAACUCACGAUAAUCCCGCCGACAUGGGCACAAGAGGAUGUAAACCUCUCUAUUUGGCAGCCUCCUCACUGUGGUGGAAGGGUCCGGAAUGGCUCACCAGCCCCGCGGAAUCUUGGCCGAAAGCUUCACGACGCCCAAUCAACAAUCCACCCGAAGUUCGCCGAAUUGAAGCGUUACAUACCACCGAAGAAGAACCCGACAUUCUGGAUCGUUUCUCCUCCUUCCCACGCGCACUCCGGGUUUUGACUCACGUUUUUCGAUUCAUACGGACUCUGAAAACCCGAACAAGCCACAUAAUAGUUCACCCUUUACCUCUGGCGCACGAUGACUUCCGAAACACUAAAGUCCAGCUCAUCGCCCUAACUCAAUCCCGAUAUUUCUCCAAUGAAAAGAGGAAUUUGUUAUCUUCGAAGCCGAUCGAUAAACGGAGCCCGCUUCUCACCUUAAACCCAUUUUUGGACAAAGAUGGACUUCUACGUGUGAACAGUCGACUGGCGCACUCAACGCUAAGCUACAAUGAACGCCACCCAAUCAUUAUUUCCGAGAAAUCCUGAUAUGCUGCACACUUUUUACGCUUCCUCAAUGAACUGCUCUUACACGCCGAAACCCGUCUUAUGCAGCAGGCGAUCAGACAGGAGUUUUAUAUCCCUCGGCUCAAGCCACUCAUAAAGAAGUGCAUCUUUCAAUGCAAACCCUGCACUGUCCACAAGCAGCAAAUGCGCUCACAAAUAAUGGCAGCCUUGCCACCCUCACGAUGCACCUUCGCUCCGCCCUUCACCACAACGGGUGUUGAUUUUGCUGGCCCCUUUCAGCUGAAGGCUUCCAUGCUAAGAUCGCCUACCCUCGUGAAAGGCUACGUAGCCGUUUUUGUAUGCUUCACGACAAAAGCGGUUCGCCUUGAGUUGUGCUCGAAUUUAACUUCAGAGGCCUUUAUGGCCGCAUUUGCUCGCUUUGUUGGCCGGCGAGGCUAUCCCGCCACAAUGAUGAGUGACAACGGCAAAACCUUUGUCGGUGCCAAAAGAUCCACAGAGAAGGAGUUUAUCACCUCCUCGAAAGAAGUAUCCCGGGAAAUCGUCAAAAAAUAUGCCGCUCAAGGUAUAAACUGGAAAUUUAUUCCCCCCAGCGCCCCUCAUAUGGGUGGUUUAUGGGAAUCCGCAGUCAAAAGCUUCAAAACGCAUCUCAAGAAGACUGCCGGAUCACAUAAAUUCACUUUCGAAGAGUUUACUACCCUAUUAAUCAGAUUAGAAGCCGUGUUAAACUCACGACCCAUCUCUCCCCUAUCUCAGGACCCCUCAGAUUUUACCGCACUCACCCCCGGACAUUUCCUUAAGGGAGGGGGGAUCCCUUCCUGAAUCGAACCAUGAAAACUUAUCUCUACUUAAUCGGUGGGAAAAGGUCAAAGUUCUACACCAUCAGUUUAGCCGACGGUGGAAAGAGGACAAUCUUAAAGACCUACACAAACGGUACCGAUGGAAAGACACCCGUAUUGAGCCGAAAGUCGGUGAGUGCGUCCUCAUCAACGACGAUACGCUCCCGCCCACUGAGUGGCGCCUCGGACGCAUCGAAAGGACACGGCCCGGCCCCGAUGGCCACAUUCGUGUUGUCGAGGUACGCACUCAAACCGGCAUUCUCACACGGCCGAUAGUUAAAUUAUGUUUUUUGCCACCGGCCAAACUUCAACUCAGUCCCAGUUCGACCGAGUAACCCUACACCAUCAUCGUGAUUCGUUACCACUUAUACCACAAACCGCUUGAUCGUAAAUUUGUCUCUCCUCCAAUCACCAUACGCGCCUUUUCUCCAAAAUAACAAUUAUAUACUUCUCUGUCUCAUGACCCACGAUACUCGAUAUACGUCCCACUAAAAUUAUAUAUCUACACAACUAUUUACAGGCGUGAAUGGAUUCAGCACCCACACCAGAACCAAGAAUAUCACUCCGCUCGCAGGUGUUUGUGACCGCUAGCGACCGCGGGGGCGCCCAAACCCUGAUUAUCAGAAGUGCCGAGUUUGCGCGCGUCACCACGCGCUACGAACAUGCCCGCUCUUUAGAAGGAUGCAGCCAGCGCAGCGGUACUUGUUGGCGCGGGCCCAUAACUACUGCACCAACUGUCUGGAACUGUCGCACGCUACCAGCGAAUGCACAUCCCAGAUCACGUGCAGGAUAUGUGCACUGCCGCACCACACGAUGCUUCAUCGGGCCCCGCCGCCACCGCAGCCACAUCGCCGUACCACCGCACCUCCAAUUCAAACACCUCCGACACCUGCAUCCCGCUCAAACGCAAAACAAAAUCGUCGCAACCCACCUUCCCAGGCCGCUACCCAUCGCUACAAUCCGACUACAGCCACCAUUCCACAACCACGCACCGUCAAACGUUCGGCAACAGGGCUCCAUACCGCUGCAUUCCGAGAAAAGACGGCAAAUCAGCUUAUGGAUGAGGCCAAUAGAGCGCUGGAGCAGUUGAAAGUGGCACUAGCCGUCUAGCGCGCCUAGGCGGGGCAGGAUGUUCAAGUGAGUGACUAGCGCACGCACCCCGUAUUAACCAUUCGUAUUUAUUGAAGUAUCUAGACUUGAACUAUUUUUUGAACUAAUAAUUAGCUCGCAACGGGAACACUCCUAUCAGCCAACCGGGUAGUUGGCAACGCGUGCGCUACUCGCUCACUUGAACGAUCGCCGGCUGUCAAAAUAUAAAUAUAUAUGUA